CAGAAGCGUCAGUCAAAGUGAGGAUAUCAGCUAUGUUGGUGACGAUUCUGCCAUUUUUUCUAGUUGCAAAUGUUACUGUCGAUCGGCAGUAUGAACAAACAAAAUGGGCGAGUCCGGAAUGCACGUACGACGUUCUCGUGAACACAUCCCUGGCCAACAUUGUUCAUGAAAACGACAAUUUCUGCGCUAUGAUUGCCACCGAGCUCAAGUGUCGAGCUAAGGGAGACGACAGUCUCAGCUGCCACUUCCAGAACUCUUUAAUCAAACGUCCCGAUCUAAAAGACAAUAGAUGCUCGAACGCGAAGGAUUUUGUGCCCACGAGAUAUAAAUUCGUGGGCAAUGAACCUUUCGAAAUCAGAUUCAAUUCGAAGGGUAUUGAAAAUUUGGUGGUACACAGAUCGAUUCCUAGAUGGAGGCUUGACAUGAUCAAGAGUAUAGUCAGCCAAUUGAAUGUUGGUUUCGAGAUACAGGAACGUCGUGAUAGAUUUACAAUUAUGGAAAAUUCGACAGUGGGUCACUGCGAAGUUGACGUUAAGAUCAUUCGUAAAGAUCCGGAUUUUCAGGAAAAUGACGACGAUUCUAUUGAGGAGAGUGAGAAAUUUGAGAUCGGAUUCAUGCCAUCGAGCGUAGAACUCGAGAGUCCUUUAGUUAUAGAAAGGCUCCAGGUGGAAAAAAUUAGACAGCCGAAAAGAUGCCCGCGAAGAACAAUAUACUUCUUUGGAAAUGAUGAGGAUUAUAGUCGCGGUGACAAGCAACUCUACAUGGAUAUG